AUGGAAAGUACUCUUCCAAAAUGUAAGACCCACCAAGAUCGUACAUGUGAAUUCUUCUGCAAGCAGUGUGAAGCUGUGAUAUGUGGUAAAUGUCUCGUUAGUUCCCACAAAAAACAUGACGUGGAAGAUUUGGAAGAUCUCUGGAAAUCCAAGAAAGAGAUAAUUGAUAAAGAGAGCGAGACAGUUAGAAAUGUGGUUACACUGUAUCAACAGCUAGAAAAUGACAUCUCUCUGGAGGAGGAAAUAAUGAAAGAGAAAUACCAGAUCAUUGAAAAUGACAUCACAAUGCAUGGAGAAAAACUAGAGGCAGCAGUUAGGAAAGCCAAAGAGAGUUAUCUCAAACAGGCAAGGGAGAAAAAGGGAGAAGACCUUAAAUUCUUGGAAAAACAGAAAGAGACAAUCAAAGGGAACAUAGAAAAAGCUCGAAAAAUGGAGCUUGCUAUUCCAGACAGUAACAAUACCUGUGAAGAAAUCCUUGCUUUCUGCAGGUUAGACAUCAAAGAAUUACCUGAAGUGCCAAAACUUUCCAAGGUAUCGCCUCCCGAAUUUGCUCCAAAUAUGGACUUGUUGCAGAAUAUAAUUGAUAAUUUCGGAAAUUUAGCAAUUUGA